AUUAAAAAUUCAGCGCCCUUGUGAGUGAGCAUGCGGACAUGGCAGCACUCAUGCUUGUUGAACGCAAUGAAUCGAUCCGACGGCACCAUUGGGCUCGAUCCGAAAAGUUCCCGGCAUUUGGACGAUGCCAACCUUACCCCCCACCUUAUUGGUCUGAACUUCAGACCCCGUUCGAGGCAUGCCAUAUGCCAUUCGAAGGCUGACGUUUUUCAGCCUCAGCCUCGUCAUUGGGGGGGCCAGCGAGGAGUGCGGGAAGAAUGCCACUUCCGCUGCUCUGCUGCAGCAUUCCACGAAGCGAACGCAGAUAGAGGUGCAGCCAAAGGCGAGCUGCAACAUGGUGCCAUACUACGCUUGCGCGGUUGCAACUGGGAUCUAUGCUGUCAGCCUCUUCUCAUUGCACAGAUGGAGUGCUGCAGAAAGCGCGCCGAAACAAAGCGGGGCUCGCGACCCACAUGUUGACAACGCGAAGUUCCUGGGAAUGGUCCUCGUGUGCUGGUCACACAUCGGCAGAUGGAAGGUCUUGGAGUACAGUGGCCUCACCUCAGAGUUUGUGAUUUGGUUCCACAUGCCGAUGUAUGUGUUCCUCUCAGGUAGCUUCGUGCGACCAGCAUCAUGGCAGACCUUCCUCAAGAUCUUAGUGCUGAUUCUUUUCCCGCUGGUGGCCUUUUGUCUGCUGAUCUUCCCGCUGGAGCGAGUGAUGCUGGACAUGGAGCUGAAGCAUUUGUGGCUGCCGGGCGCGGCGCCGUACUUCGAAGGCUCCGUGUUCCACCUGCUCAUGGGAUCCGGGCCUGGCUGGUUCAUUUGGUUUCUCCGCUGCCUAUUGAUUUGGAAGCUGGCCAGCAUGUUUACAGUGUCUCUCCCGAAGGCGGCCCAGAUUGCUUUGGGUAUCCUAUCUGGACUUGCGGGCGUUUACUGCCAUCCAGAAGGGAACACAUGGAGCUACGGUCUCUUUGCUUACCAGCGAGCACUGCAGAUGUUCCCAUUCUUUCUCAUGGGCCAGCUUUUGGAUACCAGUCGGCUUAUGAAAGCUGUCCCUCCACCUUCGACUUUGACGAUGGCAUCCACUUGGCUUCUGCUUUUCAGCCUGCUCUAUUUGGAAAAUCAUUCUUCGAUUUGGAGCAAUUUGACAGAUGAUCUAUUCCACCUGCUUGAUAGCUAUCCUGCGCCGUUCAUGACCUACCGCUAUCCAGCCAGUUGCGAUAGCGCGUACUACUGGCUUUGGGCGCGGUAUGGUGCAAGCCUUGCAUACCGAACAUUCUGCAUGUUCAUCUUCCUCCUGUUCGGUGUUCCACGUGGAAGGGUGUGGUUUACAGAUGCUGGCUCCGCAACAAUGUACGCAUACUUGCUGCACAUGCCUUUGGUGCGCUACACUGCCAUGGGCCUGACAAAAGCGGAUGCGCUUUAUGCUGCCACAUUGGCAAAUCUGCCGCCAGCGCUUGAUUACAUAUGUUUCAUUGCACUGGCAACUGCUUUGAACCUGUGGUUUGCCAUGAUUGUGUACGUCUUGACCCUCCAUCCGGUACGCUCGAUGUUCGGUGUGUUGAUCGAGCCGACGUGGCUGCUGAACCUGGCCACGGCCAAAACUCGCAGCCCGGAAAAGGCGGAGGAGGCCAAGUGAGCCCUGAGGCGCUGUAGAGAUUGGAGUCACGUUGCGGACAGCAGGAGCAUGAAAACAGUAGACAACUAAUGAUACUUAACACCG